AUGUUAACUUCGUUGACGUUGGCUGUGCUUGCAGCUGUUCUUCCUGCAGAUGCUCUUGUGAGACCGGAUGGUGUGGGAAGACUUCCUGCGCUUGGAUGGAACUCUUGGAAUGCAUUCGGAUGUAAUGUGAAUGCGAGUGCCAUCCUCACAGCAGCGAAUGAGAUUGUUGAGCUUGGUCUUAAGGAUCUCGGAUAUGAAUAUGUGAAUAUCGAUGACUGCUGGUCUGUGAUUGAUGAACGUAACUCGACCACUCAACGUAUCAUCCCAAACGCGACCAAGUUCCCAGAUGGAAUCUCUGGAGUUGCGUCCCAAGUUCAUGAUUUGGGAUUAAAGAUAGGAAUAUACAGCAGUGCCGGAGAGACUACCUGCGCAGGAUACCCAGCUAGUUUGGGAUAUGAGCAAGUCGAUGCGGAGGCUUUUGCUGAUUGGGGAAUUGAUUACCUGAAAUAUGACAACUGCGGUGUUCCAACCAACUGGACAGACAAGUAUAACGCUUGUGUUCCUGAUGACUCUAUUGGAAGCAACCCCAAUGGCACUUGUCCUGAUCUUACGGAUCCUGCACCCCCAGGUUAUAACUGGGCAGAUUCUAAUACCUCUAUUCGAUAUGAUCGUAUGCGUGAUGCGCUUCUCGAUCAGAAUCGGACAAUCCUGUUCUCCCUGUGUGACUGGGGUGAUGCCGCUGUCAACACUUGGGGUAACGAGACUGGAAACUCAUGGCGCAUGUCUGGGGAUAUUGAAGCCUACUGGUCCCGUGUUGCCCAGAUUGCAAAUGAGAAUAGUUUCUUGAUGAACUAUGUUGGCUUCUGGGGCCAUCCGGAUCCUGAUAUGCUUGAAGUUGGUAAUGGAAAUCUCACUGUUGCAGAGAACCGUGCACACUUUGCUCUGUGGGCAAUCAUGAAGUCCCCCUUGAUUAUCGGAACUGCGUUGAAUGAGCUCAGUGAUGAUAAUCUAGCCACUUUGUCAAACAAAUACCUCAUCGAUUUCUCCCAAGACCCGCUCAUUGGCCGCUCUGCUCAUCCCUAUAAGUGGGGAUAUAACCCAGAUUGGACCUUUGAUCCAGUUCACCCUGCAGAGUACUGGUCUGGCCCUUCAUCUACUAUGAAGGCUACCUUGAUUCUCAUGCUCAAUACAGAAGAAAGGAAAUCCACCAGGACAGCCGUGUGGAGCGAGGUUCCCGAGCUGAAGGGUAAAGGCAAUUCAUUCCGAGUCACCGAUGCCUGGUCUGGGAAAGACUUGGGAUGUGUUCACAAGUCACACAGUGUUUCUCUUGAGAGCCAUGACGUGUCAGUUCUUAUUGUUAAGGGAUCUUGUUGA